CUCAGAUCUAUCAGCCGAGAAUCCACCGCAUGUAUCACCAGCCCACCUCGGAGCACAUCAGCCAUUACCGAUCAGAAGGAGGCUUCAUCCAUCCAGUGACCAUCUCCUCCCCGACCCCGCCCUUUGCCAGCUCCAUCUUCAGGCGCUCGUUCUCCUCCCGCGCCUGCUCAAGCUCCUUCUGCUCAUCCUCAUACAGCUCCUUAUAUAUCCUGAGUGAGGUAUGGGAUAAAGUGCUCGACCCCCACCGCCGAAUAGGAUGUUGAUCCCCUGUUCCUUCAGGUACUUGAACACGUGGCUGGCCUCUGCGCCUUCGGCUUCCUCUUCCAUCCACUUCUCGACCCAGUCCAGGACGCCGUCCACCAGGAUGACAUAAAUCACCUCCUUGUUGUCUGCCAAAAACAGCUGCCCGAGCUCCUUCAUCUGCUCGACGCAGUCUUCGAACCGUCGGCCUUUCCACAACAGUUCGAGCUCCCGAAAGCUCAGCCCAAACCUCGCCUCAGUCGCUGGUCCGAAGAUGACAAGAAUGUGCUUGCCGUCUUCUUUGGGCUCGUGCAGUAGGUAGUUCUCCACAAAGCACCCAUCCGCAAGCAGUCGCCAGGCAGAGUGGUUACCUUCGAGAGCCACGGGAAGGUACAGCCAGUCUCUUUCGCCUUGGAAUAGCCCAUUCAAUCGGUGGAGUCCAGACGGAGGUGUGAGGCCGUCAGGGAAGGCGGGAAGGUAACCCGCAUGAAGGGCACAGCGGAUCUGUCCCAUGACGAACUUGACAUCCCCAAAGCAUUUGUACAGCUUCUGGUGGUAGGUGAGGAGCUUGAGCGAUGGGAAGUCGUCUCCUCCCAGAUGUCGAGGGUCCUACACAUUCAGGGAAGGGAUAAAAGAGCACGGGGAGCACAGGAACACGAUAGGAUGGGAGGACGAUUCAUGGAGUGACUCUGCUUUAACGGACGCCACGCACCCGCCUGUAGUACAGGUGGUUGGGAAGGGCGAGAGGGCUGGAGAACGAGGACAGCCGCCGGUCCUGUGCUGUCACGAACAGGAGCACCACCGUGGCAGUGAUAGAUCUGAGGGCGGAUUCCGUCGACAU